GAGCGUUGAAAACAACUCCAGAAAUGGAGGCGAGGGAAACGAAACCAGGAGAGGGAAGAAGCUGAGAGGGCGAGAAAGAAGAAGAGACGAGAUAGUGUGAGGUUGAUCAAACAAGAAGCCAACCUUGACGCACAGAGUUGCCAACUGAGAAGAGCAUGCCCAAGAAAGCUGCAGCAAAGACUUCGGGGAAGGGAGGGAAAGGGAAAGGCAAGGACGGGGACGUACAGGAUGUCUCUUUUCAGAUGCGCAAAGUCCGUGUGGAAGUAGCUAAGUUCUGUUCCGAGCUGAGAAUCCCACCAGAGCUGGACAUCGAGAAGCUCUUCAACACGAAGAUUUAUGAUGCUCUGGUGGAGAACAGCGGGAAAAUGAUUUUCCAGGGAGACCGGCCGGGGAGGGCAGGAGUGCAGGCUCUGAGCUGCAUAUUGAGGGAGACAUGCCCCGUUUACAUCUCGAUCCGAUCCUUGUUCUUUUGGAGGACGGAAGUUGGAGAUGAAGGGGUAGCCUCUAUAUGUGAGAACUGCCUGGACAAGGGGAAGAACGAGUCGCACAAUUGGCCAGGGUUCGUGCACCUGGAGUUGUUCGACGUGAAGAUGUCUGCGUUGGGAUGCCAAUCGCUGUCGCGCUCAUUACGGGAGAACAUUCCUCUGCGUAACUUAGUCAUCGACCACAACGCGAUCGGCGAUGAAGGAGCGACGCAUCUCGCUGAAGGUCUCAGGGGGAACUCCGAGCUCUCCUUCUUGUCCAUGGCAUACUGCCACAUCGGGCCUGCGGGGGGCGUUGUGGUGGGGGAGGAAAUCGUCCGUUGCACCAAGAUCAAGCAGCUCAAGCUGAGGGGAAACAGAAUCAUGGCGAGAGGGCUAACAGCUAUCUCCCUGAACCUCGGAAAGAGUGAGAGCUUGGUGCAGUUAGACCUCUCGGACAACAGCAUCCUGUCUGAUAUCCAUGCUGUGAACGCCUUCUGCGAGGCCCUGAGAACCAACGUCUCUCUCGAGACCGUCGACUUUGAGCACAACGUGGUUGGUGCUGAGGCUACUGCUCUCAUAGCAGAGACGCUUCAAAUGUGCCCCAACAUCAAAAGCUUUAAGGCUUGCGGGCAGGGGGUGAUGAACGAGUUGUUCAAGACGACCUUGAAAGAUAGCAAGGGCGGGAAGAAGGGCAAGAAGAAGAAGAAGUGAUUCA